CGGAUUGGCUGCUAAAGAUACCAGGCUGUGUGCGCGCACCCUGGUUGGCUGCGGCUCUGCUGGCCAUUACGUUAUGCUUACUCCACACACACAGGCGGCAGGCAGCUGGAGAGAGAGGGAAGACGUAAUGGUUUGAUUCCCUGUGCACUUGCAAUGGUCGUCGUCUUGACAUUACUCGGCAGAUUCCUCACGCGGGAGGUGCAAUGAAGGUAGGUGAAUCAUCUCUGGUUUCUUCGUGGUUGAUUGGAGAUGCAGGUGUUUAGCACCCGAUCCUGCACCGACAGACAUUUGCCUCCAUCAUAAUAUCAAUUAAACGUGUUUGUUUGCGUUUACAAGGGAUUAAAUCAACAGGCUUGCGUUUUUAUUCAGCACCCCCCCCCCCUGAUUUGGACUUGUCAUCUUCACAGCUCCUUGCUGCCCUUGCAACCCUGUCAGUCAGAUUUUUUUAAUUUCCUGGCAAGCGUGCAACCCUGGCAAGGCUUCCCCUGCGUCUCUAGCCGUCCCGAUAAACAGUAGGUACAGUGUGUAGCCUUUUAAUGAGCCUACUCUGACCCCACUGUGGUAGUUCAGUGGACUAAAGCCGCUGCAGCGACGUCCAUUCAUCGUCAGGCUCUAAUCCGCUCUAAUGAGAUCCAGACAGAAAGAGAGAGAGAGAGAGAGAGAAAUGAGAGAGAGGGUGAGGGAGAUGUUUGGGGGAUGUCUCGGUGUGAUGAAGAGAGAUUCACCUCUCAGGUCCAAACUGAGCAGUGUCAGGAGUCUCCUGCUCUGUGAGGAGGAGGAGGAGGAGUGUGUAUGUUUGUGUGUAUGUUUAUGCUGCAGCACAAGGAGGAUGGGGGGGUUGGGAGAGCAGGUGAUGGUGCUGUCUCACAGCUCGAGCUCUGAGGACUGAUAACGAUGAAGAUGAUGGCGAUGAUGUCAUCGGUGCUGUGGUGGUGGCAGGUUUGUGGAGACACUCAUGGUGAAAGGUCAGGUAGAAGCAGGUCCGUCACUCCAACUUCACCUGCACCAUCAUCAUGGUUUAAAGAGCUUCAUACAUCAAUGUGACCCCCCCAUCAUGCAUCACAUUAAAGCAGAUGUUCUCUGUUGUCCAUAACCUUAGUCCUGUACUUCUCUGAGACUCAAAGGUCUGCCACUCUUCACUGUGAAACUUUGUAAUUUCUGUGCAAGUACAGAGGGUUUCCCCAGAGCAGCAGCUGCAAGCUAAGUAGCUGGCUGCUCUGCUCAGCCCGGUCAGAUAUUUUAAAACCUGAAUACUACCCAACACGAGGAGCUAUAAAAGAAAGGGACUAUCCAGGUCUGGCUGAAUCCUCCUUAAAGAAAUACGCAACUAACAAUUUUGGGUAAAUCAACCUCUCAUUUAUACCCAUGUCAGAACUGUAUAUUCCAGGGUUGCACCGAUCCGAUAUUUGGAUCGGAUAUCGGCUCCGAUAUUGACAAAUUAACUGGAUCGGAUAUCUGAUGAAUGAUGCCGAUCCAGCAUCCCGAUCCAGUCUUUUGUCUCUUUUAAUUAAUAUCAUACACAGCAGCACAGUGGUUCCGUUUAUUCUGUCUGCAGCUCUUACACACUAUGUCUGUCUGUCCUUUUGCACUAAACGUUUACAAAGAAGUCUUUCUUCUUCUUGCUGUGUGCUAAUGUGCAAUUUGUUAAUGAAUAAUAUUAAGUAAAUUUAUAUCUGUGUCAAUUUGUUACCUUUUUUUAACAAGGCUAAUGUCAAACCUGAUUGCCUUCACUCACAGGGCAAGGUAUACAGUUUAUUCAUUCAACAUUAGUAUUGGAUCGGUAUCGGAUUGGAUUGAAAAAAACUGGAUCGGUGCAUUUCUAGUAUAUUCCCUCUACAUUUUAAACACAACCUCUGCACUGUGACUGAAACAAAGAAACAUCCGUAACACAUCAACAUGAUAAGAAAGUCAGAAAAUACAGAGGUAGGUCAUGAUCAGUCUGUCCCAGACAUACUACUUCCAUUACUGGAGUGCAGAAAAUGAUAUCUGAAGCUGCUGUGGCUUCAACCUAACAGGGUUUCACUUGUUUCUCCGACAUGGAGAUUAAUAGAAGACAACAAACAUGGCAGCAGCACUAUAGGAAACCUUUCGAGUCACCUUUAAGUUGAGGUCAGAAUUAUUAUGGUAAAUUUCCUAGAAAAACAAGAAGACUCUUCAAUCACAUCAAAGCUAGACAAAUGUGUGUUUUCUGCAGAUGUCCUUGCACUUGUGUAAUAUCAUUUGAAUGCAGUAAGGUCAAGCAUUUGUCACUGUGGGAGGGCACCGUGGUUCAUUUCUCUGAGGCCCAUCAUCAUCACUCACUGUGUCCUGGGGAAACAAAAUGGACGAGAUGUUUUAUUGACUAAUCUGGUUUAAAAUGAAAAGCAGCUUUUCGGCCCCUGUGGGACAGGGUUGGCUAAAGUGGGUACAUGCAUACAUAUGAAACAGGAGAGACCUGCUGUACAGUAUAUCAUCAAUGCCAUUUUAAUCAGGGAUAGACCGAUUAGAUUGAAAUAUUCUGUUGUUGCAUACGAUGCAUUCAAAAUCCUCUUACCUUUUAAUUUCCCACACAUUCUGUACAUAGUGGACGCAAAUACUCUCGAACCUCAGAUGACUGUUGGAGUGAUGAAGUGUAUUCAUGAUCCCAAAGUAGAUGAUCACAUCAGAAGCUUUGGGAAGGGUCACAGCUGAUUCUUGUUGUUGUUGUAAAUUAGUCCAUCCUUGUUUUGAUAUUGCAGGACAGUCUGUGCAGCAGAAAUCUCUCUGUUUAUUAAUGCACCAAAAGAACUCUCCAGGCUAAAUCCUCUCCUGUCUUUGCAGUAAACUGUGCAAAUCUGUCCUUUUUGCAGACACAAAUUCAAACUUAGCUGGUGGCCGCCCAAGUUAUAUGUGCACAUCUCGUCGAGCAGACAUCGCUGAAGUAGUUGCAUAGGUCAAAUCUAGAGAAAAUAAUGCAUUUAUUGUUUCUAUUUUAAGGGCCAGAAGAAGGAAGCAGUGAAUUAGUCUGUUUCUAGUGUCAAUAUUGCUCCUGGACUCGGCAGUGAUGCAGCUGAAUUCCCCUCUCUCGCAGCGUGAGUGACAGUAUGAUGCCAGAGAAGAAGGAAAGAGGAAAGGAAAUGCAAGAGAGAGGGAGAUGGUGGAUGAUGGAGAGGAAGUGAAGAAGCUUGUAAAAAUAUAUGAGAGUGAACAAACUAUCAUAAAGCUGUCUGUUUGGUAUCUGCAGUGAUCACUACACAAUGCCUGAGGUUGCAUAUCAACAACGUGCACUGUAAGAUGAUGAAAGAUUUUCCUCCAUCGUACAGAUGCAGAUUCCCAAGUUUGAUUUCUGAGCAAAUGAGAUAGUGAGCGGGGGUGUGAUGAAAACGUUAAUUUUUUAAUGGGGCAGGAUCAUUCGAAAAAAACAUCUGAAUAUUCCUUUACUGAGUGCAUCUUUAAUUUAUCUACAUACAGCACACCAUGACAGAUAUUCUGUCCAUGUUAGCUUGAACUAGCAGCUGUAAUGUAAUUUAUCUCUACGUUUGGAAAGAGAGAAAUUUUAAAGCUCCUCUGACGAAUUUUUGUGUUGUGAUGAUUUUGGCGCCACUCAGAGACACAGACAUUAUCUCUCACCAUGUGAUCAUGAACUGUGAAAAUGAAAUAGGUGCUCUUUUAAUUUGAGUUUAUAUCAUUAAAAGUCAAAAACUACCAACAAGAGCUGUAAAACAGAUGAUUAAGGCAAACAGGGGUCAGAAUAAUCCAGCUUUUUGUCUCCAAUAUCAGUUAUUGAAGGAGCUCAGCCGGAUAAUGAGACUGCUGAGGUGUAAAAAUCUGGAGUGGUGACCAGGUUAACUCACCCAGUCGUUGUACCCAAUGCUGCAUUCGUGUAGUGUUGAACACAUCGGUGAAACGAGUUUCCAAGCUGGAAAAUGUCUGUGAACGCCUGCUGUAGUCGGAACAAGAACCCAGAAACUCAGGCAAGAAUUUACAAGAACGUCUAGACUCAUUACUAGAGAAGUUAUUUUUUGACAUUAGUUUGGUACACAACUCUCAAUAACAAGUCAGGUACAUAAAAUAAAGUAAUAUUGUCGUAUUUAUUUGCAUCCAGUAUUGAUUAAAAAGUCAGGUAACUUUAAAUCAACUCUCAGAAAUAUACAUACCUAAGUAGGACUGGGCAAUAAAACGAUAACAAUAUUAGGGCCCGACCGAUAUGGAUUAUUAGGAGGGAAAAAAUCCAAUUACCAAUUAAUCUGCCAAUUUUUUAUAAAGUUUUUAAAAUGUUGUUUAUUUAAGUAAUAUAUCUACAUAUUUACUCUUUUUUUUAACAAAUUGCUUCUUUUGAGCCUUUCAGACACUUCUUCAAAGACUUAAAGGGAGAAAACUCACUUCAUUCCUUUUUAUUGCUAAACAUUAAGCAUUUUUCUCAGUUGUGUUUACAUAAUAUGACUUACACUACACCCCUGGCUAUGUAUUUUAACUGUAAUAAAGAUGAUAAACAUAUUCUUUUCAGCUUAUUAUUCAGACUGUAGCAGGUGUGAGUCUGAUUAUUUUGUCAACCUCCAUCUUGUCGAACUCACACACUCGUCAUCCUCUAAAAUAAAUAGCCGAUAAAUAAACAAAAAUAAAGCUAACUCACAUACGUCAUAAAAAAGGAGGAACAUUUGAUAUACUGUAGGCUACUGCUCUUCACACCGACAGGAAGACUGACUGAUCAUCUCAGUAAUAUUCCACGUAUUUAUCAUGAAUCAAACUCGGACCAGAAAAGCGUUUUCAACUUUCAAUAUGCUUUCAAUAUUGACCAUUUCAAUAAUAAAAUGUUUCGGUAGACUAUACGAACAGCCGAUGAAAAGGGGAGUUAGUAGCAGGCUGAAGCUACACGCAAUCAUAGUGCUUUAACAGGUGAAGCCGACAGCACUGCUGGUGAGACGAAACGUCGAAGAGACACAAAGACCUCACAGAUGCAGAAGUUUACUGUACUGCAGAAAACAUGCUACCAAUAAGCACUGUUAUAUUUCAUUUUAGUAUAUUGUGAUAUAUAUCGAUAUCGACUGAUAUGAAAAAAAUAUAUUGUGAUGAGCUUUCUCCCAUAUUGCCCGGCCCUAUACCUUAGACGAAAGGACAAAUUAGAGACUAAAACCAUCAGAGGAGCACAGGAAUGCAGCUAAAGUCUUUUCUUUAACAUCUCAGACCUACCCAAAAAGAGCUUCUUCAGCUAAAUAACCCUUAUCCCAUCAGAAAGCUCCUUCUGAGCCAUCAAUCAGCUCAUCCACAAUCCACAGAUACCAGAAAAAUCCUCCACCGUUUUGUUUAAACGAGGGUUAAAGUCUUUCUUUCAUGCUAGACUUAAUUCAGCUCAAGUUAAACAUGCAGUCCCAACAUGACCCAUUUAGGCUCCAUCCCUGUACCAUAUGGUUACACCGUGUCUCUGUUCCGAUGCAAUUUUUGAGAUUUGAUCCUCAAAAGCUGAUUUUAUGAGGUCAGAACGCUGUUUGUCCGCAUGAGAGCUGCUUGAAGACUUUUUCUAUUUAAAUCUCUGCCUCUGUUUCCCCUCCCCUCUCCAUGUUUGUUUAUGUGCACUCUGAGGGCUGCUGGCAGCUCCUGUUUGAUGUUAAAAUCCAGCAGCAACGUGAGAAAUAUCUCAAUUCUUCCGUCACUCUGAGCGUCCAAAGGUGACUGGAAGGACAAAUACAUAAAUGUGAAAUCGUUUCCCCCUUAGAGGAGCAGCUUAACUGAUGAAGCCCUAGAGGAGAAAUAAAUGCCACAAGGGACAAAACAACAAUGUUGUCAGUGAUGUUCGCUGGUGUCGCUUGUUUUUUUGGGGGGACUCCCUGCCUGUAGAGCUUACAGUGUGCUAAUUGAAGUGACAGAGGGAACUCGUGCUGCUGGCUCUCGGCCACAGAAGUCUGGUUUCAUGGGCAGACUGCAGCAGACCAUCAUCCUGGAGGAUGCAGUAAAUAUUCCUUUUAGUGGCUUUUUACUGCCGAACCAGGGAGGCAGUGUCUAACUUUUUAAGCAGCUCAACAUCAGGUCAAGUUUAUGCCUAGGGCGAAUAAUUCAAGUCGCUUCUGAAGAUACUUUUAUUGUGGGCAUAAAGCGUACAGCGUGACAUGAUAAAGUGAGCUGUUUGUGGUAAAUUUAACUGAAAACAAGCCAUAUGAUAGGCCUUUAAUGUGAAAUAUUAGCGCUGAAUCAUUUACAAAGUUGCUGAAAAUUAUUUUUAAAGUCGUCGCUGUGGCAAUUAUUCAAACAUUUACUGCUUUCAGCUUUUCUAAUUUGAUGUUUUAUUGUUUAAUACGUUAAAUAGUUCUUUGGUUUAGGCUUUUAUUUUGACAGGAUGAGCUAUUUUAAAGAUAUACUUAGGACUGAAGUUAAUACAUCCACCAAACCACCCAACAGUUCCAGCAGAAUGACAGAUUUAACCUUUAAAAAUCCACCCUGGCUGCCUCGGUGCAGCAAAGGGAAAGCCUCUCCUCCUCCCCCCUCCUCCUCCUCCUCCUCCUUCUCCUCUUCCUCCUCGCCAUGACUCCACAUAUAGUGCCUCAUUCCUGUGCUUACAUAAGCACUCCCUAAGCAGAUGGGUGAGGUCAGAUCACAGGGUGUUUGUGACAAGUCAGAGCAAAGAAGAGAUGUGGCACUGUCCUGUGAAUUCCUUUGUUUCUCCCACUGCACAGAGCCGGGAAGCACAGAGGGCAAACAUUAUGCUCAUGUCAGCUAUUGAUUCUGCGGACCGGAGGAAGAAGAGGAGGAGGAGGAGGAGCAGAAAGAGGGGAGGGGGGGGACACACACAACAGAAGACAUAUUCUCUUCUCCCUGUUUUCCCCCUUCCUCCCUCCCUCCUCAUCAGUAUGCUUCAAGGAGUCAUGGCUCCCAUCACGCCAUCUUUGCUCCCUGCGUCCGGCCACUCUUGUGGUCAGCAAACACAUCUCUGAACGUUCACUUUAACUGAACUAAGUAGUGACCUUUUUCUUUUUUUUUUCCUGAGGACUUAAACGCAACAUCACAUCAAGCACAAGGUGUUAGUUGUGCGGUUGAGUCCCGUAGAAGUGCCUCAGCUUCUUUCUGGCUGGUUUGUUUAUUAAAUGGUUCAAAAUAAUACACUGACUUACUGAGGAAUUCAGCUGGAGCCCUGGUUGUAGAUUGUCAUUAAUAGGAGCUUUUAGAGUCUACUUCAGCCCAAUUAUCUCUAACCUCAUAGACUGGUAAAGAGCACUCUCAAUAAUGUGCUGCCUGAUAUCUCGCCGCCCUUUUCUCUCCCUCUCUCUCUCUCUAACUCAUUCAUUGUCUAUCUCCAUUUUCUUUCAAUGAGGGGAACUCUGCUUCAGCUUUUUUUUUAAGUGUCAUUAGGCAAAGGACUGUGUUGUAUUACAUCUUUAUCAGUCAGUCGACACAGAAACGGAAAUCCCAUAAAGAGAAGUCACAAAUAGCCUUAAAUAUGACUGAGAGCGCUUGGAGUUAAGUGACAGGACUGUACGAGAUUACCGAUAGUUGUAUGUUUUUUAGGCAACACUUGACUCGACGCCUAUCUCUAUAAUGCAUUAUAAAUACUGUAUAUGUACAAUGCGUCAGAAUCACAUUAUAGCACUGUAUUACUGUAGUUAUAAAGACUCAUGAAUGAUCAUGAUGCUUUAUAGCAAUAAUUAUAACACAUUAUAAAGCAUUUUAUCGUGACUUACAAGGUCAGGUAUUAUAAUGUGUUAUAACUGUUAACCACUUACAAUGACCACGUAGGUAAUGCAUUAUACAUACAUUUAUGAUGUGUUAUAAUUUGCUUAUAAACUUGUAUAACUAUCAUUUUAAACACUCAUUAAUUAUCAUAAGGCUUUAUAACAAUAAGCAUAACACAUUAUAAUACCUGACCUUGUAAGUCAUGAUAAAAUGCUUUAUUAUAUGUUAUGAUUAUUGCAUAAAGCAUUUUAUCAUUUAUGAGUGUUUAUAACUAUCGUUAUACAGCGCUUUAACAUGAUUUUAACGCAUUAUACAUAUAUUUAUAAUGUGUUAUAGAGAUAGACGUCAAGUUAAUUUAUGAGCAGUAUUCUGUGCCUGAAAGUAAAGUGUCAGCUGAUAGGAAACCUAGAAUUUAAGAGACACUGCAUUGAGGUCUAGUGCAUCAUAGAUAAAACCUUUUAAGGGCUUUAUGCUCACUGUUUAUAACACUUUAUUAACAUUGCUAUAUGCUGUUCUGAAUGCUUAUAAUCACUCAUAAGGGUGGUUAUAAAGCCUUAUUGAUGCGUUUACAAGUACGGGUGUCCUGAUACAGCUUUUUUUUAACCUCCGGUACAAUACCGAUAUUGUAGCCUUCAGUAUUGUCCGAUACCGAGAUUGAUCGGAUAUUAGCACAAACUUUUACAUGACAAGUUUUUCUCUCAGCUGCAACGUCUUUUCGGACUUAAACGAAAAAUACUACCACAGGGCCGACAUCAUUCCUACUCCUUGGUAUCUUAGUACACACUGUUGUUGUGAUUACAUGCUGGAUCCAGGCGCUGCUAGCUAGAGGGGCCAGAGUGGAGUCUGGAUUGACUGCCUGUAACAGAGUGCUGAUAUCGGACAUUUUAGAUGCAGGCCGAUAUCAGUUUGAUAUUUGAAAUUUUGCUGAUAUCAGAUCGAUAUCCAAUAUCAAUAUCAUAUCGGGACACCACUAUUUAUAAGGCUUUAUAAAUGUGCUUAUGUUGCAUUAUAAGAGGUGGGUCCACAUCAAGUGUGACCAAAUACUCCAGUAAAACUUGGAACAGGAUAAAUCCAUGAGGAUCCAGUGAAAAACAGGCGUGUUUUGCAUUGUCAUAUGUAUGCCUCUGUAACAUAAUGAGAUUAAAGUGUAGGUGUUUACAGAUGUGUUGUUAUCGGAAAUAUUUAGAAGCUCAUCUUUAACCUCUCGGACCCUGAAGCAUGUGUUUUAUAGAGUUGGAAAGUUAAAAUCGUGUAUGUCAGAUGUGUGAUGGUCUGUAACCAUUUUCCCUCUCUCUGUCUGUCUUCUUUAGGCAGGGGCCUCCUCCAUGUGGGCGUCAUGCUGUGGGUUGCUGAACGAGGUGAUGGGCACGGGCACGGUGCGGGCGCAGCAGCCGGGGUUCGGAGCGGGGGCCGGGCCCUUCCGCUUCGCCCCCAGCGCUGGGUACUCCACCUACCCCCCCACCAGCUCAGGGAGCGCCGGACAGCUGUGCAAGGCCUGCGGACUGGCCUUCUCUGUCUUCAGACGCAAGGUAAACCACAGUAAUUUGACGCCCAAACCUCACCCUCUGUCCGUCACUGCUGAGCUCUUUUCUCUGUCAAGUGUUUGUUUGGACUAAAAACCAGCUGCCAGGUUUCACUUUCUGUCAGCGCUUUAAAAACCAUCAUGCAGAGAGGAAACCUGCCUCAGUAAUCCCUCACAGCCAAGGUUUAGUCAGCUGUUUUCUCUGUCUGAAUUAUGUAACCAUCGCGUGCACUUGUGAGCAGGGACUCCGCGGUGCAUUCAAGGAAAUACCAGCACUCAUAUUUACAGUCGCUUGUUGGGCAGAGACCUCCAAAUGAUAAUGAUCGUGCUAAAGAAUGAUACGAUAAAAAUAUUUGUAUAUCGUUUUGUUUUGUCUCUACAAAUAUCUACACCACCAUCCUGUUAACAUUUAAUGAGGAUAAAAUAGCAGAAAUAUAAAAAAAUAGAGGCUAGUAAACAGAAGCCAACACAAAGCCACCUAAGGCAGCUCUUGGGUGAUCAUGUUUGAUUUCCUGAAUUUAAAGAAAGAAAAGAUAAGACGUAUCGUUUGAGGUAAGUCAUUUCCAGAUUGAACGUUAAAAAGAAUAAAGCGUCUAUUGGCUGGGCUCUUGUCAUAUGGCAGAAAAACAGUCCAUAUAGAGAGAAAUCGGGCGGUAAUCUGUUGACAUUUCAUUCAUCUCUACAAACAAAUACGGCUCUAAAUCAAAAAAUGUCAACUUCAGCGACAAAGUUGCUUGAUAUUGUGAGUGACACUCAGCGUUAAGAUUUCCCAACUUCCUGGAAUUUCGAGGUUCAAGUUUCAAGCUUUUCAUCGUCACGUACUGCAUUAUGUGAGUACAUACACAGGAAUUGAAAAAAGAUGUUUCCCUUCAGCCCACAGUGCAAAAAUACAGAAGAUAACACAGAGAAUGCAGUCUGGCCUCUGUUUGACCAACAAUCAAGUUGUUUCCUUUAACUGUCAAAAAUAGACCAUGAAUUUUAACUUAUUACAAAUCUGAAUCACCAUGUUGUAAUUUCAGCUAACUUUAGAUUUGUGAACCGCAGGCAGAUCAUUAAGAAAACACUUAAUUGUACAGGCUUUUACUGCUAAAUCAAGCAAGAGAAGAGCUUCUAUUUAAUUUACUAUUUACAGUGAAACUGGGACUCAUCAGUCAUAGGUGGACAGGAAUUUUUCAGGGAAUUUUAAUGACUUUUUUAUUUUUUAUUUUAAUGAAAGUAAUGGCACUAGACAACUCUGACACACAGUCAAUCCUCAGGUUUCAUAUUAGACUGUAAACAAAAGCUGCACAUUGGCAAAGAGGCCUUGGCUCGAAGCCCUUUAUCGCUAUUGAUCCGAGACGUGUAUAAUUGCUAGAUGAUAGCUGAUGGGUCCUUUAAUGGGAAACAAGUAAAAGACACUGUAAGUGAAUUUACAUGCUCAACUAAAUCCAGAGACCUUAUCAGUCAAUGCCACUUUAUAUCAUGGCUAAACUUUAGUUUCUGAAACGUAGUGCUCAGUUAUCAAGGAUUUGUCUCGUUUUUAGCGGCAUUCCCCCCUUGCAGCAGGUAUAGGCAUAAAAAUGAUGAUAUAGGAAUUUUCAGACUUCUUGCUGAUGAUCUUGUUUGCUUUUGCAGCUCAUAAAAUUAUUUUUUUAUUCAAUUAUUUUUCAAAACUAGUUAAAAACUUCACAUGGGAGCUUUAAUUUUCUCAUGAAAUGUUGUAUUUGUAUGAUUUAGGGACGUCUUAGCCAAACUACAAAACGUCUACAUAUGAAGUUGUUAAAAAUUUCUCCUAUUUGACAAUAAAAUUAGUGACAGAUGUUCUUCAAGUGCUCUUUUAUAACAUUGUUUAUGUUCUUUUUAUGGACAUGCAUGUCCUUGUGCAGGUAUUUUUACAUUUGAACACCCUUAAGGUGUUUUUUCAAUCCUGCUCCAUGUUUAGUGUUGACCCAUAAAACUGUUUGUUUGAUGUUUUAUACCAGAAAUUUAAAAGUAAAUAAAUUAGUUUAAAAUAAAAUAAAAUAAACACACCAUGCAUAUUCACUGUGGCAUUUAAACAUGUCAGAGUUUAACAGCAGAGAGUUUCUGUCUGGCAGUCAGACGCUCAGAGACACAGAUGAAACGCUGCAGUUCCACUUAGAUCACUUUAUCCACAUCCACACCCACACAAACACACUGCUUCCGACUCCCCAGACACAUAAACACACACACACGUUGGUAUGUCUGCGUGAAAUUUUUCAUAGUGUGAAAAAAAAAAAAGACAAGCUGGUGGGAUUAUCAACAAACGACUGAAGAAAAGUAUGUGUUGUGGUGUGAAAUCUGCCUCUGGUGGACCAAGGCACAUUUGUGCAGAGUGAUAAGAAAGUGUUCAGAGCUGCGCUGACCUGCUUUCUGCACAUUUAAAGUGUCAAUCCACUCCCUGCUCUCUAUCAGGAGACAGUGUGAAGGCAGUGAAAUGUCAGACAUCACCAGGAGCUCCACAUGGCUUUUUUCUCUUUGCUUUAGUCUUUCCAAGAAAAUGACAAAGCACACAGGAUACAGGCGGCUGUUUCUCAAGUGUUUGUGGUUUCAAGUGUUUCUCUUCAACAGGAGGACUGACCUUGAGGAGACUGACUUUGGGGAAAAACAUGAUUUAGAAAUGUGACAGUUUGGAAAAUCUAAACAUGCAUAUCAUACUGCAUUUAUUAGAGUACCAUGAUAUUGUAGAAUUAUAAGACAAGUGUUGUAGUCAAGUAAGCAAACCUCAAGUCUGAGUCAAGUUCUCAGGGUUCAAGUCUGAGCUGAGUUCCCAUCACCUGAAGAUUGAUAAAGAAGAUUGCUGUUUACUGCAAACUCACUGUAUGAACCUCAGCUGAACACGUGGGAUCUUUAUGAUGUGUAAAAAAACACAUUUCAAGUACUGACUGAUUCCGACAACAAGUCUGGAGAGUUAAAUCAUUGCUCAAGUUACAGCACUCCAGGUUGUUCAUUAAUGUGUACUGCACCUUUUUUAACAGGGAGACACACACAGCUGCAAUUCACUUGCUACUUAUCAGAAUUUUAACUAGCUUUGGCAGCUAACAUUAGCUAGCAGCAUGCUUAGAGUCGUGUUAUCAACAACUACCAGGUGGAGCAACCCCUCACAUUGCUGAUCUUGUCCUGAACAUGUUUGUAAUAUUAGGUUAUAUUUAUUCAUGUUGGUGAUUCCUCUCAGAGGAAUGAAAGUCCACCGUUUGAGUUGAAUGUGCAACUUACAAAACACACACCUCAGGUUCUUCUGAAUAUGCUCUGAAUGCAGAGAUGCAUAUAAGUCACAUUUUUCAUAUUGCUGGUCUCCAUUUCCUGCAAUUUCAUAUUUGAUAUUUUCUGUAUAUGCAGCUUUAGUUGUUUUCAUCCUCAGUUCAUGUGCUUUGAAAUGCACUUUACUCAAUAAAAUAGGUGUAUUUAUGUUAAAGAUUUGUGUCUUUAAAGGUUUCUUUACAAAAACUAAAUUAGCUUGUUUUGCAUUUUAUAAAAGUGGGUCUUGGAUUAGAGGAUUCAUAGCAACAAGCUUAUUUAUUAUUCUUAUAUUUUUUUAUUGAGUUCAUUUAAAGAAUCUCAUUUGUUUGUUUGUUCAGUACAGCUUUGUAAGAAAAAAAAUCACAUUUUUUGUUUGACAUAUCUGGAGUCUAACUCAUAAUAGAUCUUUUGUGUGGAAAAAUUGUUAAAUGCUCUUUUGACAGUCUACUCUGUUUGCCUCAUCUGACACCUACCUGGUUUACAGCUGCUAAAAAUAACUCAUUAGAAAUCGUCGUUUUGCUUUUUAGGUCAUGCUGAAGCAUCAGUAUUAAUUUCAGUCUGUUUCAUUUACAGAGAAACUCCUCACAGGAGCUCUAAACAGUCUAUCAUUGAUGAGUAACUUUCUACAGAUCAGCUUGGCUUCAUAAAUAAUGAACAAUGUCUCAGUACUUGUCUAAACAUACAGCAAAAAUAUGCAGAAAAGAUACGACUGCAUGCAAAAUAAUCCCACUGAUAACAGCACUAUCCACUUUGUCCCCUGUGGCAUUAUAUCAAAACUCUUCAAAGUGUUUUUCAUCCGUUUGUUAAUAAAUUAUGUCUCUUAAAAAAAAAGAUUUUAAUGAAAUGAAUAAAUGAGAGAUUAAUCACAUCCUGAUUCUGCUGGAAGUUCAUAAAUUAUAGUCUUCUCUUAUCACCAGUCUGUCUUAAUAAUACACUGUGAGUAGAUACAACUAGUCAUGUACUGAAGAUACUGAUUGCUCAUUCUGAUGCAAAUGAGAGUGUCUCUAUCAUUAAUUCAAACAGGAGCUUCACUGACUUUGCUUCCAUCAAUUUGGCCCAUUUUUUAAUCUUUAAAUCUUUGAAAUCACUCUCAGUAGACAGUUAAUUUAUUCAUGAAAUUGUAGGAGAAUAAAUAGUUAAAUGUGUUAACAGAGGCCUGUUUAGAAAAGAUCAUCUUUUCAAAACGAGGUUGUUGGAAAUCUUUGGUUUCCUCCGUCAGAAAAGCAAAAGUUCCUGAUCACUUCUUAUUUCUCUUUCAGCACAUCUGCUGUGACUGUAAGAAGAGUUUCUGCGCCCUGUGCUCGGUGCUGCAGGAGAACCUGCGCUGCUGCACCACCUGCCACCUGCUGCGCGGCACCGCCUUCCAGAGGCCGCGGCUCAUGCAGCUCCGAGUCAAAGACCUGCGCCAGUACCUGCUGCUGCGCAACAUCUCUACAGACACGUGCAGGGAGAAAGAGGACCUGGUGGACCUGGUGUUGUGUCAUCAGGGGACGAGGGAAACUCCGGGACCUGUGAUGGAGGACGACGAGGAAGAGGAUGAAGAAGAGGAGGAGGAGGAGGAUGAGGAGGAGGAUGAUAAUGCACAUGAGGAGGAUGAGGAAGAGGAGGAGGAGGAGGAGAGGGAGGAUGAAGGGGGUGAUGACGACACAGACAGUCUGCACUCUCUCCCCAACUCGCAGGCGGCUUCGCCUCCCUCUGCCACACGCUCCACCUCUGAACAGUCGGUACUCUCCGCCUCUCAGGGAGACGUGCUCAGCCCCAGUGACAGCUCAGGGACCACCAGCCAGGUCUGUGUGUGUCUGUGUGUUACAGUCUCAUUUACAUAUGCCAUACUUCCUUCACAUCUGUCCUCAUUCCAUCAAAAAUAACUCAUUUGCAAAUCUGCUUAUUUACAAGUUUCAGUGUGUUCCUGCGGAGUGACUAACACCCUCUCCUGUAUGUCUUUGCACAUUAUUUCAUUUGUUGUAUUUUGUGCUCUUUUUGUUGUGUUGCUAUGAUUUUUGACAUCUCUCCCUGAAAAUCGACCACAUUUGACCGUAUUAUUUCCCUCCGUUCACGUUGGAAAAGCUCAGGUUUGCAGCCCCAGCGAUCAGCAGCAUGCAAACGUGACAGCUGGAGACAGCUGUGUUAGCCAUGUGUGUGUGUGUGUUUGUGUUUGUGAGUGUGCGCAUAUGUGUGUCUGUGUGUGCUCAGAGCCCUUAGACUAGCCAGCAACGCAGCUUAAGCUCUUUGCCUUUUUUAGGUCGGUUACAUGGCUGAGUCCGUUAUGUAAGAGGCCCACAGGUUGAGAACUCCCCUCAGCGUCACAGCUGCAGCCAAACGACAGAGAUGCUACAGAACAGCCCUGAUCUCACCCCCUCACACAUAAUCCCCUUUUCCCACCUUUGAGUUUCUGGCAUUUGAAAGCUUGAAGAGUUUUGGGGGGGUAUCUAUUUUUGUUAACAGCACAAAAAAAAUGUGUCACAUUGAAGAUGUUUGAAAUUUGUGAACCAUGGGGAAACGGUCUAUCUUAAACCUAGCCCAAUAGAACGCCUGAAACCCAUCCUGCUACUUUAUUUAGAGUCUAAUUUCAGCUGCAAAAGUAUCAUUUUAACUGGAUUUUCAAUAAACACAUGCAGUGGUCUUAUGCUGCUCAUAGUGUCAUAAAUAGGCAGUUUAUUCGACUGUAGCUGACCCUGAGUUGUAUUAAUAUUGCACUUUUUAGUAUGAGAAUCCAUCAGCAAUAAUCUGAUUGACAAAAAAUCUGUACACACAUGCAGUUAACAACCUGCGGAGGAUCAAAAAUGUUCACUUUCAGUAUCAAAUGUGAUUGGUGUCGUAUUGUAAAAAGUUGAGUCAGUGGUGAGAUUUCUUGACGACCUGAAACGCAUCAGAAAUGAUCACCCCUGUCCUCCACUUAUACUGAAGGACAGGUUUGCUGGUAUUAUUAUUUACAAGUCUGCAUCACUUUAUUUUGUUGUAUCUUAAUCGACCUAAAUACUCAAAGCUAUCAACACAAUAAAAUCUUUUUUUUUUUUUUAUACUCGUCUGCUCAAGUGAGCCAGAGUGAAGUGUCUUUGUUACUAUUUACAGUAAAACUGAGACUCACAGCAAACAGAUGAACAGAUGCUACUCUGAUGUAUCAACACUACACUGGCAUCUUUUGUGUAUGAUACCACAGCUCUUAGAUACCCCCCUUUAACAGCAUAUUAAAUUCAAGACAGUCAUUGACUCGUGUUUAAAUAUUGUAUUGUAACUUAAGUAUUGACAUCAAUAUAAGCCAUGUUUAACAACGUCUUUAUAUCUUAACUCAAUAUCUGUGUAUUUCCAUUAUUGGAUACAAAUCCUUUUAAAACAUAUUACUGAUUAAGACAACAUUAGAUUUUAAUUUACUGUAUAUGGAAAAAUGAAUCUGCACUUCUCUCUCUUAAUAUUUCAAUCCCGGUAUUUAUUCUGUUUUACUUGUCUGUCUUAGUAAUUUCAAGUUGCUCGACAGAAAUCCAAAAGUGACGAUAUUUAACUGAGCCAAAUAUUAUUUAACAUUCACAGCAGUCCGUCCGUCCUUUCUCUUCAACAAUGUCAAUAUUUUCUCUUACUAUUACAUAGACACUUUAUUAUCAAUCAGUGUAAAAAACUAUGAACACAAAUUUAACGUGCUUGAAUAUUUUCUGUGUAAAUAUUCAUGAUUUCAGCUGCUUGUUCAGUUUUGAUUGAUUAUUUUAUCUCCAAGUGGGUUUUUUACUCUCACAUGUUGAUGUAGUCAAAGAAACUUUGUGCCCCAGAGAGGUUUGGCACUUUGCACAUAACAGAACGUCUUUUGUUUUUGUCUCCGAGGAGCAAAAGCCUGAAGUCUGUGUGAGAGGAGGCAUCGAGCACCUCAGCGCUGAAAAAAAUACAUUAUUAACAUGAUUUCAGAAACAGGCGAGGAUUUCUCUUUUUACAGUGUAGAACAGCAUGAUAUCACCCAUUUUUGACUUAGUUCAGCUCUUUUGUCGAGCAGAUUAAAGAAUAAAGGGGGCCAUGUCGUCUCUUCAAAGCAUAUAAAUUGUUGAGAUAAAACAGCUGUGCACCAAACAGCGUCUGCUCUUUUCUGCAGCUUCAUUUCCCCUCUUUUCAUCCGGCAAAAUCCUGGCCCCCACCUUCAAAGAGAAUAAUUAACCGCUGAGUUAAGAGCAACAACAAAGUCUCUGUUCUUUUAUUAGAUAUCUGAACCACUGCAGUUUAAAGAACGAGAUCAGUGGGAGCUGUGGAAGUUGUAUUUUAUCGUGGCACUGAUAGUAAUAUGGAGAUGGAGGAAAUUAUACAUGUUUAUCAGGCACUAUGAAUAUGUGAUGGAGUAAAAGGGUGUAGAAAGAUGACCUCAAACCUGCCGUCAAGGUUACAUUCUUAAAGGGAUAUUCUGGCGUAAAAUAAAUUUAGGGUCAAACACACCGUAGCACUGAGUUAGACACCCCCUCGAGAGAUUAAUGUUGCCGACUGCUUGCUUCUCUAGUUAUACCAACUUGCAGGAUAGCAAAACACAGCGGUCUGAGGAGACUCCAAAGGCGCACACUUCAACCAAAAAGCCACUCUAUAGCCACAAAUAAUGCUCAGAACAGCACCUAACUUCAUCAACAGUACAUAUAGGGUCCCAGCCAUAGCAUUAGCCACCAAACAUCUUUUUAACUUUGCCUUAUUUCUUUAGCAAUGGGACUAAAAGCAAAUCACCUACUCUCUUCCAGCAGCCGCCUGUUUGUAGCGAGACCUCGGGCCAGUUCAUUACGGACUACAGCGGGGUGACACAACUCAAGGAAGAACAUUUGUGAUCAUUACUUUAUUAUUCUCUUGAAGUAAUAGUCACCAUAAUAAUAAUUUUGCACUGCAGAUGCUGUAGUUCUUCUGCCUUAGCGUCUCGGUCUGAUUGCAUUUUCAUGAAGAAAUGAUUAUAAAUGUUCUUCUUUGAGCUGCGUCACCCCGCAGCAGUCCGUAAUGGACUGGCCUGAAGCGGCUGCUGGAAGAGAGUAGGUGAGUUGUGUUUAGUCUCUUUGCUAAAGAAAUCAGGCAAAGUUAAAAAGAUGUUUGGUGGCUAGUGCUGUGGCUGGGACCCUAUAUGUACUAUUGAUGAAGUUCGGUGCUGUUCUGAGCAUUAUUUGUGGCUAUAGAGUGGCAUUUUGGUUGAGCGCAUGGCUCUGUGUAUUGCUAUCGUGCGGUCGUUACUAAAGUUUGUAUAACUAGAGAAGCAAGGUCGGCAACAUUCAUCUCUUGAGGGGGUGUCUAACUCGGUGUUUGACCCUAAAUUAAUUUUACGUUGGAAUAUCCCUUUAAAUUAUAGUUCGACCUUGUUCUCUAUCCGUAUGAAGAGUUAAAUGUUUAGAUUGGCUGAUUUUUUUUACAAAAACAUAUUUUUUUCCGUCCUCCACAGGAGCAUGAGGACACUCCAACAGCGUCUCUCUUAAACCUGGAGCCCUCUGAAAACAUGAUGGAGGUACAAGCCUUUUUAAUGAGACUCUGAUGAGGCAUUUAGGGGCACGGUAUGUGUCGGUGACAGCAGCUCUUCUUUUCUGUGCGGGUCGCAGGUCAGUCCGGCGACACAGAGGAGGAUUCGGGCCUCGCUGUCUGAUCUGGAUAAUGAAGAGGCCAUAGAAAACCUCUCCGUCCGCCAGCUCAAAGAGAUCCUCGCCAGGAACUUUGUCAAUUACUCGGGCUGCUGUGAGAAGUGGGAGCUGCUGGAGCGAGUGCAUCGACUCUACAGAGAAGACAAGCAGAACAGGAAGUCCAGUAAGACCUUCUUCUUGAACUUUUUACAUUAUUGCAUCAAAAUAUCGACAACCUUAAUAUUCUUUUUGAUGAAAACAACACUUUUUCUCUUUUCUUUAGUGGAAAAUGUCAGCAUAACAGCAGGUAACUACUGUUUUUCACCAUUAUGUGUUGAAAUUAUGUCAUUAUCUUACAAUUUAACAUAUGAAAUUAACAUGUAUGUGAUUUCAAUGCUGCUACUUUACAUCCAAGAGUACACUUUAUUCCUAAACUAAUAGAUUGUCUUUAUUAUUGCCCAUUUUUAUCUAUAAAGUGGUUGCAUAUCCUCCACCUCUCUGCAACAGUGGAGUUGGAGGUAAGAUUUCUUUAACAAAAAAACACCUCGCAGCUCCAUCUCCUUCAUAAACACUGACAUAAACCAUCAGUAGAGGCAUGCUGAAGCAUCUUCAUCCACUUAGUCAUUUAUCUCAUCCUACACAUGAUCAUAUUAUGGUCACUCAAGUCAUUACCUCCUGACUGAUUCACUGUGUUUGCAUUCUGUCGCUCCCUUUUCCAGUCUGGCGUAUCAUUUCAUCUUAUUUUGAAGGGCAUCCCCACAUCCUGCCAUAAUGCACUCUCUGAGAGCUUUUACCUUUUGACGAGCUGUGGCAUUAUUUUAUUGGCAGCAUGUCUCCAUCAGGUGUAAUUAAAUUAUGAAGCUUCCUCAAGAAUCUCUUGUUGACAUGAAGGGCUGAAGGAUCAUAUUAGCCCAUUAGAUCAUAUACUAGUUAGACAUAUACGGUACAUGCAGGGACAGCAGACAGGAUGCAUAUGGAUUCGUAUCCUGUCUGCUGUCCUCUGAGCUGUCAAUCACUCAUCAUGUGUGAUGAAACAGGUUUAAACACCCACAUUUGACUACAGACUGUCUGUGAUUCUCUUAAAAGCAGAAUAUAGGGGAGACCGGGGAUUGUUGUCACACUUUUUACACUCUUGUAUAUUUCUUGAAAUCAAUACAUCAUAUAUAAACAAAAUGUGUACCAGAUGAAAGACCAAAGUCUCAGGUAUAUAUUUCGUAUUCAUGUCAUUUUCAUACCUUGUGUCAGUGCAGAGUUAUAAACAAUCAAAUAGAGAGUGUGAACAUGUGACAUGUUGCCCCACCAUCGGGUAAAAUGUCACAGUGGAUUUUGGAAUAAAACAAGGACAAAACUAUUGUUCUCAUUUUUUUACUUGAAAGUGAACAUCAGACACAAAAAAUGUUUAUCAUUGAGCUUGAAAAAGUCAUUGAAUGUCCACAUGUAUCACUGCUAGGAUUUUUAUCUGGAAGAAGUUUAUUUUAAAAUAUAUAAAGUUUUGGAGGUUUGUUUUACUUUGGGUUGUGCGAAAUGGUUAAUUGGCGCUCAUCUCAGCUCUCAAUGUGCUCGUCUCUUCUCAGACAGGACACGACCCCUGACUAUGUAAAGGAAGAAAACUAAUAUUCCACUUUUUAGUUGCGCCCUCUGGUGGCAAAGAUAAUUGCAAUGUGACAACUUACCCAUGUGACAACAAGCCCGGUCUCCCCUACUUGGUCUAUUACAGCUGCCCUUGUAAUUUAACCAACUGUAAUCUUUAUUUAUAUUGCACCAAUUCACAACAAAUUUUAUCUCAAAAGGCUUUACAAAGGAUUUGGUCUAAACGGUACUCUUUUUGAUAUUUACAGGAAGACCCAACAUCAUGAUAGGGUACAAGUCCCAUCUUGUUAGAUCAGACCAACUCUGAUCCCAUCUUUGUUAGCAAUAAAGCGUAAAAAUUUGCAGAAUUUAGAGAGUUACAGUGGAGAGGAAUCACUUCAUCUCAACAGGCAGAGACCUCGAGCAGAACCGGACUCAUGUUAGACAGUCAUCUGCCAUUAUUGCAUUGGGUUUAGAGAGGGGGCAGAGGAAGAUGCAGAAAGAGUGAGAGAAAAAGAGACAGUCCUGCGUUAAAGCUCGUAAGAAUAUAUUUUGAACAGUAUUCCCGUAAUCAAAACAGCAAAUUACUGUAAAAUGAAGGUAUUUAACAACAACAACAAAUAACAGCAGAUGACUUAUAUCACGUUUGAGAACCUCAAAAGGCUCUGUUAAUUUAAUCUUAAUAAAACAUUAACUCAUACUGUUUUACUUAAAGGACAAGAAUGGAAAAAAACAACUCAGUCCUACUUAAAAACAUUUUUAAAUCCUAUUUAUUUUUGUAAUUUAGGUCAUCAGAAAUAUUUAAAACCAUUUGCAAUCAUUUCAAAAUAUUUUUUUCCUUUUUUGAAAUGAUAUAAAAAAGAUCAACCACCAAACUGAAAACAAAUCUUAAUUUUUAAAGAAAAUUUUAAGCCAAAUAGGCAAAAGAACCUGCUAAAAGUACACUAAAUAAUGUGUUUAUGUGGAUUUCAUCAGUGUAUCAUCACCUGUCUGCUAAGUUUCUUUUUUCCCGCCUUACCUUCAUCUUUUUGACUUUUUCAUCAAUGCCAGUAAUAUUUCCACUGCAGUUCUUUUCUGAACACGUGAAGUUUUAGACGAAUCUGUAAUCUUUGUCUGCACAUAAAUAUCUGAGCCCUCUACAGUUUACUGAGUCUGCAGAGAACCGUUGUGUGUUUCUGUCCUCAGAUGGUGUCAAAGCUCAGCUUGCGGCUGAUGAAAACCUGUGUCGUAUCUGCAUGGACGCCAUCAUCGACUGUGUGCUGCUGGAAUGUGGUCACAUGGUCACCUGCACCAAGUGUGGAAAGAGGAUGAGCGAGUGCCCGAUCUGCAGGCAGUAUGUGGUGCGGGCCGUGCACGUCUUCAAGUCUUAAAACUCUGUAUGUGUGUGUCUGUGUGUGUGCGUCAGAGGGGAACUUCUCACUGAGGAUGAACUGCUGUGCAUGACGUCUUGCGGGGUCUGAUGCUGCAGCGGGCACGAGGUCUCUGGAACCAGACUGUUGCCUCUUGCCUACCACGGUUUGUUCUCCUUUACUAACUCAUGUGUCCGACCCACUUUUCCUCCUCCUCCUGCUGCACCAGGACCCUCUUCCUCAUCGGUAUGAUGAAAACACAGGAGAGACCGCCUGCCAUCACUUUCAGCUCUCUGUUCUCUGUUUAGUUUGACUCACAGGAGAGGAAAGGAGGAGAGAGGAGAGGAGAGGAGGGGAAAGGAGAGUGGAGGCAGUCCCGUGGACACCUAAAGAGGAUCAGAUUUCUCUGUGUGGCAGAGAGAAGCAGUAUGAUAAAAAAAUAUAAGAUCCCAGGGUUAGAGUCAAUAUGGUUUACACAGUCAUGUCACAUGACACCGUGUUAUCUCCCUCAGUGUUCUUUAGGAUGUGCAAUACCAGAAAAAAAGAGACUUACACGUGUUUUUAAGAAAAAUAUCUAUCUGUAAAUCUGACUACCAUGCACCUAUAGCCAUCUCGUCUAAGCCACAGAGGAUGUGAGGUGCCAAACGUCAUGCCUUUGACCCAUAUUUGAUUAAGAUUUCACAGUUUGUGUAUCCAUUUACCAGCAAGCUUGGUGUGAUAGUUAACUCGUUACUUACAUUUUAGGGGAACAGAGUGUGAACAAGUUACAUAUUUGGGCACUUUCUUUGUGAAGGAUGUGACUGUUCUGGCAUUUCCUUCAAAUGAAGCGCACAGAUUGAAUUUCUGAAGAGGAAGUGACCAGUGGAAGAGCUGAAAUACAUUCCUGUAACAUUUAAGAAGAGUGACAGUUCACAGGUCGGCUCUGUUCCAUGUAUGGUGGGGUAUUAGGACCACAUGGGAAAAAAUACAAAACUGAGAAAAAGUUGCAAUGCAAUGAUGAUGAAGUUGUAAUAUUUUGAGAAUAAUGUGAUAUUAUAACAACAAAAUAAACGUAGUUUUGUGUGGAAACAAACUUGUAUUAGAGGAAUAGUCCGAUUUUGAGAAACAAAUCUUUACGAGAAUAACUUAUAUGGUUCAAGGAACUGGGCCGUCUGUAUGUGAAGUGCGGGAUGAACUGCUAAACUAACUGCCCCCCUUCUACAUUUUUCUUUAUUUGUUUAUCUAAAGAGUAGAGGAUGUAGCAAAGGGUCAAGGUCAGGUGUUGAACACGCGACCAAUGCAAUGAGCACCAGAGCCUCUGAGCGUGAGGCACACGCUUUAACCACUGAGCUAAACUGGCACCCCUGAAGUAAAACUAAGGUAUAUGUUUCACAAAUAACCAAAUACUCUCACCUUUGGCACAUCAGCACCACAUCAUCCAAAGUGUCAGGACGCUGAAAUUUGUGGGUCCUGCAGGGUGCAGACUUGUGAUGUCAAAGCUUUUGUCUCAUAAAAUUACAACUUUAUUUGAUUGAUUUUACAGUUUUUUUCCUUUUAUUAUUCAUAUGUUUUGUUUUAACGUGGCCCAUCAGCAGUAUAACUAAAAAAAAUAAAAGGAACCUCCUAAGUCAAGGCUGGACUUUAAACCGCAUGUCAUGAGCUUCAGACGUCAUAGAGACAGGUCAGCAAAGAAGGGUCACAUAUUUCAUCUCUUUUUCAAGGGGCAGACCGUGAUUUGCAGCCAAAAACUCCAGAGAAAACCCGAAAGAGGACUUUUAUUUUUUGAUUUUUUGACAGUUUUUCAUUUAUUUUUUUUCAACAGUAAUUCUUCCUUCCUCUCGAAAAAACUUCCACCAAGCAAUACCAUCGAGUUUCCACGUCUACCAAGUGUCUUUCUUUGGUUGUGUUGUCCACUAAUGUGUUGAAUCUUAGGUAGGUAACGGGUGCUACUUCCUCUGUUCUGAGUGUAACGUCGACAUACCUGUAAAUGUCACGGCGACCUUCCAUCAUGCAUUGAGAGGUAGAGGAAGCCUGGUUUACUUUAACCUGUUAUGCAAACUUAACACUUUUGUUUUCUCGUCUUGACAUCCAGGUAACUCACUCAAAUAUCUGUGUACAGUAUGCCUGUGCUAAAAAAAAAAGAAGCUGUUAAGUGAAUUGCAUAGAUAGCUUAUAUUGUUGUUUAUUUAAAAGAUAUUAAAUGUAUAUUUUUCCAUUUACUUCAGCAACAACAUGAUUUGAAAUUCUAAUAAUUAUUAUGGAGGUUUAGAAAUAAAUAUGACAUUUUUCAGAAUGUACUACUGCUUGUUCGGGUCGGGUGAGUUUCUCUUAUCGUGUCCCUCUCUCAUCAUUAAAAUUGCAAGUCAUAGUUUUUUGGUUUCCAGCACGUUUUUUUUGUCAUCGUCUGCUUGAGAUCCCAACGUGACACCGACAUCAUGCACUGUAACAAACCCUGUAACUCUGUAAGUCUGUGUGUUGAUGCUGCUGUUUCUCCAAGAUGUCAUUCACGGGCAGCUACAGUUUUACCAGAGUAGGAGGUCAUCGUGAGCACUCAUAAUCCUGGAUCUUUAUAUUUUGGAAUGUUGAACCUUUUUAUUUUGGUAAACCAGAGAAAAUGAUUUAUUAGAUUCAAUAAAAUGCAGUAUUACAAACCAGAAA